AUGCUUUCUAAGAUUCUCCUCCUCACAGCAACAGCACUUACAUCUGUGAGCGCCCUCGGCAACGCCGUCGUUAGCAACCAGUGCCCCUACGACAUCUAUCUCUGGUCCGUAGACCAACAAACCAACCCCUUGUCCGGAACCCUCAUACCUGCCCGCACCCUCUACACCGAACCCUUCCGCACCCCCUGCCCCGGCUGCGGCAUCUCGCUCAAAAUCUCGACCACAUCCUCUCUCGUCGGCGGCCACAUGACUCAAUUCGAAUACGCCAUUGACACAGGUCUCAUCUACUACGAUAUCUCAUUCGUCGAUUGCGCUGUCGGCCAAUCCGCCGACAAUUGUCCCGGUCAUGAAAAGGGACUCAGGAUUGAUAGCGCAGAGCCUAGUUGCUUGCCGUUAAAUUGCCCCAGCGGGACGUAUUGUGUGAACGAUGCGUAUUAUGUGGAUGAUCCGAAUGUCAAGUUGGGGAUUCCGGCGCCGGUGAAGACGUGCGCUAGGGAUAUGUUGGGAAUGGAUUUGGUGUUUAGGGUUUGUGGGGAUGAGGCGCCUUUGUAG